UAAUUCUAUUGUAUUUUUUUAUUUACUCUUAACAGUAAUUUCUUAAAGACUUGGGAGGUAAUAUUUCUCUUUCUUCUAUUACGUUUGCUUUGUUAUUAUGUAUUCUAUGAUUAUAAUAUUAAUUACUCAUAGUGCAAAGUCUUCUCAACAUUUCUACAAUAAUUUAGUUACAUGCCUUGUAUAUAAUAUCUUUAAAAAGGUAUUCACAGCUGAAGGAUACGAGUUGUGCCUAUCUACUUCAUAAAUACUUUCCAAAUGUGUUACAUUUUAUGUAUGCGAUGCUUAAUUCAUAUGCUUAUGAUGUGCUAAGCAUUAGAAAAGCAAAGAAUGCAGUAUUCUGUGCAAUAUUCAUUUGCAUAAUAAUCAGUAAGGUCAUUAAAGUUCCAUUGAGACUGUCCCCAGUCAAUUGUAUUAUCAUUCAUACAUUAAGUGAGGAUUCAUUAAUCAUUGACAGGUAAUUGUAACAAAUGUUCCUUGUUUAUUUAUAAAGCUAUGUAAUAGUCUAGGAUUUUAUUGUGAUUCGAAAAGUGUUUGGGAGUUGUCUGUAUUUGUGGACAAGAACUAGCUUCAUCAACGACACCAGCAACAUUUCGUAUGCCAACAAUGGCUAUGCAGAAGAUGAGAAGACAAGGUCAAGACGUGAUGCAGGUGAAUUUGGCGGGUAUCAGGCGAGAUAUUGUUAAUCUUGCUCACAACUAUAGCAAUGCUCAGAAAGCUGUACGCGAAGCCACUAGCAACGACCCUUGGGGUCCGAGCAGUACGCUCAUGGCAGAGAUUGCUGACUUGACGUACAACGUCGUGGCUUUUACUGAAAUUAUGCAAAUGUUGUGGAAGAGAUUGAACGAUCAUGGAAAAAAUUGGCGACACGUGUUCAAAGCUUUAGUUCUCUUAGAAUAUCUCAUUAAAACGGGCACAGAGAAAGUUGCACAGCAGUGUAAAGAAAAUAUUUUUGCCAUCCAGACGUUGAAAGAUUUUCAAUACAUGGAAGGGUCUAAGGACCAGGGCGUGAACGUGAGAGAAAAAGCAAAACAAUUAGUGGCCUUAUUAAAAGACGAUGAGAGACUAAGAAAUGAAAGAGCUAGAGCGCUGAAGGCGAAAGAAAGAUUUGCGCAAUCGGUUAGCGGAUUUGGCAGCGAUGGAUUAGAUACUAUGUCACCAGUGAGCAGCGACUUCCAGGAGUGGGAGCCGUGUCGUCUAGGAUCCUCCGAGACUGCGGCCAGACAAGCUGCAAGGCCGCAAACAGUAGGGGAGGAAGAGCUUCAGCUACAAUUAGCUUUAGCAAUGUCGAGAGAAGAAGCCGAACAGGAAGAGCAGAGAAGACGCAGCGAUGAUGUCAGAUUGCAAUUAGCUCUUAGUCAAAGUCAACAAGAUUUCAAAGCCCCGCAAUCUGAGAAACAAAGUCAUAUGCUAGAUCUGUUGGAUGUAAAUUUGGAAGAAGCGUGUGGAUACAAUGUAAAAACCGACCCUUGGGGUAUACCCAUUACACCGCCACCGCCUAUACGACAGUUUUCCCCUCUUACCUUCGAGACCCAGAAUGAUCCAUGGAGCGUUCCUACAACAAGCAGUACGUCUCCUGCACUAGAUCCAUGGACUCCUGUUCCAUCUCAGAGACCAACUGCUGCCGUUGAUCCGUGGCGAGCACCUCCGUCAUCGCCUGUGACGGUUACAACUGCCCCCGCGGCGGAUCCUUGGUCACCGAUACCUUCCACCACUACUACCGAAGUUGAUACAAAUAAAAAGCAGAGUGGUCGAGAAGGUGCGACGUCCGUCUCACCCUCGUUUAACAACCCGACAUUAACGCAAAACAUCGGAUUCGCGGCACAAUCGCCGCAAAACAUAGGAUUCAAUUUGCCUACAACUUCGAGCGGUACAUUCAAUACAACUAGCAACGGUUUCAACGGUACUGGGCCUAGUCUCAACGAUUUCGUUGUUGGGAAUCAAAACAAUAGUUCCGCGGCCAGUCCACUGAGCGAUUUAGAUGAAUUCGAUGUGAUCACCAACAGAAACAAAAAUGCUUCUAAUCUACAACCUGCAAACAACGGAAGUACGCUAUCGCAGGAUCCGUUUGAUUUGGGUAGUAUAGCCGAAACUCUUCCUACGAGUACUGGAGCUGUUAAGAAAACACCGCAAUCGUUCCUUGGAGAGAACUCUGCUCUUGUCAAUCUUGACAACCUCGUCAGCGCUAGCGCGAUCAAGUCUACAACGUCUACACCAGCAGCUGCGACCAUCUCAUACUCGGCGAAUCCAUUUGCGACGGCAACAGCACCACCACCCCGUCCUUCGAUCAAUCAAAUUCGACAAGAUCCUUGGACAGCGAAUACAACUACUACAGCGAAUCCGUUCCUCUCGUAGCUUGAUGAUGAUAAUUGUUGAAGAUGUCAGUCGAAAAUCAAGAGCACUGUGGUUUAGAAAGUAUUCGAGAUUUUUAGCAGCAACCCUGUACGGUAUAAGUUUCACGCUCUUAAUGAAGUAGCUUCGUUCGGUAAAUACAAGUGCAAGUAGAUAACAAACAAGGUCUGAUGGAAGUGAAAUAUCUAAUGCAAACGUUUUUGUCUAAUUUCGUUUUACUCGUUCCAAGUGAAAGGAAGAAGCUCGAAUAAAAGUAACUAACAAAUAGCUUGCUUAAUCAGAUUGAAUCGAUGAAAAUUCUCAUUGGGUGCAACUAAAAUUUAUUUCUCUGUAAUAACUCAAGAGUCUAUGAAACAUUUCCAUUUCCAUUUACUAUAUAAAUACUUGUGUCUUACAAUUUUAUUACUUGUAUCCUAUUGUGUACCAAUGGUGAAUGAGGAACUACCCAACAGGGAAAGAUAAUACGUAUGCAAUAAAUGAAAUAAAAAGUUUAAAAGCUAGAUCAUAUUUCAAUUUUCAACGCUUAAGCGCUCCCAAUGUGUAUUUCAAUUUUACAAGGAAUCAUUUUUCCAUUUGUAGUACAUAUUUUACGUAUUAUUGCGAGAUUGGUAAUGGAAAAACGUCAAGUAAGAUUUUCAUUGUGCCGUAGACUCAAACGUAUCGUCACGAUGAUUUCUUUUAUUUUUGUAUUUAUACAUACACGUUUUUGGCGACUAACGUGAGAUUGCAAUAUUGUUUUAGAGAAAUAUAUUAUAUCGAACAGGGUUUUUCAAUUUAUGUUAUACGUUUACUGUGGUACGUGCAUUGAUUGUGGUUCGUGAAAAUAUUCGUGUAAUAGCAUGCUUUUUAUAACUAAUAUUAUCAUGUUGCAAAAGGAAACGCAUAUGCUAGUGACACGACAUGUCGUUGAGCUAAUUAUUUACACAUUCGACAACCUUGGAUUAAAUACGAAUGAGGCAAUUGUGCAGUCACGCGACUGGCACGGUAAACACAUGUUCUAAUGUUGUUCAAGUAAGCACGUAUGUGUAAGUCUAAUUUAUUUAUAAAACAUUACCCGUUGGGUUUUGGGGCAAUUAUCACGAAGAUAUUUGCAUAGGCUUCAUGCACUGCAGAGAACCAAACACUGCUAUAGAUAUUAAUAUGCAUUUUUCUGUAAGUGAAAGUUCGGUGCAUUCUACUAUUUCACGGAAACUCACCAUCAAUUCACGGUGGUUAACGUUGGUCUCUAUGGAUGUUUUAGAAAUUUUUGAAAGCGCGGUAUCUUUGUUCGUUCGACUGUCAGAUUUAAUGAACCAACAUGAUCUGGUAACGAAGGGUAAUGAGAAAUACGUUAGCUUUCUUCGUAUGCAAAACAAUUUACAAUCGUACCUUGAUUUAUAUAAAGAAAAGAUAUUGUAAAUACGUUACAGCAUAUCUCGUUCCUCAAUUGUCAAGUCUCUUUUUCCUUCUAUACUCAUUCAACGUGUAGAUUAUUCUAAAUAAAACUUCGAAAGUGUUUUCUAAGCA